UUUCGGUAAAGAUCGUCUUCUGAUUAUGGUCACUUUGCCACUUCCUAAAGAAGGUAAUGGCGAGUUCUGAAGAGAGGCAGUGUCCUGAUCCUGAGGAGCUGUUACAAAGAGUUAGAGAGGGUGCCAGGUAUGGGAAUAUCCAACUGUUAGACGUGGAGAGCAUUCUGUCCAAUGAGAACUUUACCAGCAACCGAGGCCUCCUUGCUACUACUCAAGAAGGACAAAGCACUCUACUGCACCUGGCUGCUCAGACAGAAGGGGAAACCGUACUUCCCCUAGUGUGCCAGGCUUACAAGAGGUCUCAACUCUUCCCUGUAGUAAUGACAUCCCUCAACUCCGGUGGCCUCAACCCUCUUCAUGUGGCCAUUCAGAUGUGUCGCUUUGAGAACACUGUCUUGUUGUUCAAGGAGAGCCAGCAGCACUGUCCUCAGGCACUACAGCCAAACAACGAGGGUUGGACACUCCUCCACUCAGCAUGUCUUUUAGCUGGGAAUGUGAACAUUGUCAAAUAUCUGCUGAGUCAGGAGAGCUGUAGAGGGUUUGUGUUGUGUAAGGGGCUCUCAUCGCGGAGGAGGUCUCCCUCCCUGCCACUGGACAUGGCCAGAGAUGUUGUAUCUCAGGCAGAGUUCCAACUGAAGAUGGGAGAGGACCAACUGGACAGGUUUAGUAAACAAGCCAAGAUGAGUUCCCAUGCUCGCAGCAUGCAUGCCAGGACCAUGGUGGAGCCUAAGAAGAAAGUGUUGGAGAAAGCCAGAGAUCUGUACUCCCAAAUUGAGCAGGCCACUCUGGAGCUGAAGGCUAGUGAGGCAGAGAAUAGGGUCAAAGAUCUGGAGAAAACACAAGCCCUAGAGAGACAAGAGACACUAAACAAAGAGUUAGAGGACCUACUGACUAGUAACCAGUGGUCCAAGAUUGAAGGUGGUUACCUCCUAUCAGAGAGUGAGGAGACACGGAAAAUGAGUGUCCAGUUCCUUAUGAAUCAGUUGGUAUCACAAUCACUCACCCUGCCAGCUCUCUCAAGCAAUGUGCUCAUAUCCCUCUCAAGGUGUCUGAGUCUCCCAGAGGAUGACCUUGCUCUGUUGUCAACACUCAAACUAUUGGAGGGCUACUCCAGUAACAGUGCUCAGAUCAUGCUGGCUGACAAGGAGUUUCUGCCGCGUAUGUUACCACUUCUCUCGUCACGGAACACUGAGCUCCAGUUAGUCACUAUCAGGCUCCUCCUCAACCUAGUGGACAAUGAAAGUUUCCCUAGUGGUGAUGCUCAUCUGCUCGAGUGUCUUCAUCUGCUGAGGCACUACUCCACCUCUGCCAGUGUUCGGGGCCAGGCUGGAGAGAUGGUGGACAAGCUGGGAGCUGGAGGGAAUCCUCCCAACCCAGGGACAUGGUCCAACAAACAAGUAGCCCUCUGGUUGGACAGCAUAUCAGAGCUGGACAGAAGAGAUGAGUACAUUGAAGCGUUCCUGAGGGCUGACAUCAGUGGACUCCACCUCCUGGAGCUAUCAGUAGGAGAGAUGGGGGGACUGGGGGUCAAGUUUGUCUCUCAUCAGAGAACACUCACUGACAAGAUUGAUGAGCUGCGACGGAUGAAUGCACGAUCCAUGGUGGGCCACAAAGAUGUGUUCCUCAGCUAUGCUCAUAUCAACAUCAACUUUGCUAGAAGAAUCAAAAGUGUUCUGAACAACGGCCAUUACUCCGUGUGGAUUGAUGAAGCUGGUAUCCGUGCUGGACAGAAGUGGAGGAAUGAGAUCACUGAUGGUAUUCAGAGUUGUGGAGUGUUCUUAUUACUGCUCAGCAAGCGAUCAGCCAACUCCCUCUAUUGUCAUAAUGAGGUUGCUAUGGCAGAGACGUAUGGGAAGCCAAUAGUAACAGUGCGUGUGGAAGAAGUGGGGGAAGUGGACCCUGGUCUCACGUUCAUCAUAGGACGGCGGCAAUGGUUGGACUUCUCACAAGAGGAGAUGUUCAGUAGUCGUAGCAAGACACUCGUGGAGACAAUGGUAGGGUACAUUGGUCCUGGGAAACAGACUCUGAGUGAGGGAGAGGAGGAAGAAGCUCCAGUAAUCAAGCAUCUUCCUGACAAACCACCAAAGCAUAUUGGAAAUGUGGAAGUGGGCAGUGGUCCUAGUUUAUUAAUGGAGGAGCUAGAGAAGCUGCGGGUUGCCAUGGAGACAGGUCUAGAGGGUAUCUCUCAGAGGAUGGAUGAGUAUGAGCGCGGUAUGUCAUCACUGACCAAUCGAGUGACUGCAUUAGAGAAACUGUAGUGGAGAGAGUAUAUUUUGAAAGUGUUAUAAGUAACUGAUCUGAAUUUUUUUUAUUUUUAAUUUUAUGUGGUAAAGAUCCUUUCAAAAAUUCAUUAAUAAUUAUUCAUAUCCCUAUC